AUGCAGACUCAGCGAGGCGUGGCCGUCGAAACAAUCGAGCAUCUCGCAAUCGACGAGGCAAGGGUAAAAAGGAUCAAAGCUCUCUUGACCAACCUGAAGAAGCUCUUGGAAAUGGAUCUGAUUUUUCGCAUUUUGGAAAAAAUGCUUCUCGCUCCAAUAUUCGGGAUAAUGGAAGAGCUCGCUCUCGAGCAAACCAAAAGUACAAGACAGCAAACCGUUAGUUUCUGGAAAGAAAGUCAAUUCCCCCGAGGGACCGGCAAAGCUGCAUCGCUCUUGGGCCUUCCUGCAGAGAUCCGUUGGGAGAUCUACCAGUACCUUUUCGAACCGCAUCGUGUAGAAAUUCUCCGUCGCAAGGAUAAGAACACCAAUACGUCUAGGCCAGCUCGCUAUAGGCUUUACCAUCGCCAGCAGAAGCCUCGCAACCCAUCUACGCAGGCAGUUUUUAGUAAUGGCCACCGCACCAGGCCGACGCCAUUCUUAUUUGGCCUUGUCUUUACAUGUCGAACUAUUUAUUGCGAGGCAGUUCUUCUGCUAUACUCGACUGCGCAGUUCAUAUUCAGUUCCUCGAAUUCCAUCAUGCGAUUUCUUAGAACCACAUCCAAGGAUCACCAGGCUGCUGUCCGUCAUGUAGAGCUCAGUCACAUCAUGUACAAUGAGCCGCGGUUGAUGGCGUUUCGCACAUUCAAGAUCCGCAGUGACAUUGCUUGGUACAUUGCCUGUGAUGAGAUGGCAUCAGCCUGUGUUUCUCUGAAGGUGCUACAUGUCAGAUUAGCCAUUUACGACUGGCCCAUCCGACUGAAAAUAGGCGAGCCCUGGUCUAUGCCGCUUCUGCUGUUCGGCCACUACGACGGAGGCUUAGACUAUGCGGGCGUCAGCUUCAAAUGA